AUGAACUUCAUCACAUGCCUCUCACGAGUAGAUAAGUAUGAUACCAUUCUUAUGAUGGUUGACAAGUUUUUCAAGUAUAUGACAUUUAUAUCAACACAAUCUGAGUGCUAGGUAGAAGAAGUGGUUGGGUUAUUCUUGACACAAAUUGUCAACUUGUGAGGUAUCUCAUGGGAUAUAAUCUCAUUCACAAGACAAUUCUAGUCAACUGUCUUUUCACCUUUCUUGGCACUAAGCUUAACUUCUUCAUUACAUUUCAUCCACAAAUAAAUGAUCAAAUGAAAAGAGUAAAGAGAGUGCUAGAAGAUUACCUCAUACAUUAUGUCAUGGUACAACAAAAUAAUUGGGUCAAUCUAUUAGAUGUUGUCCAAUUCGCCCAUAGUAUUCAAUAGUGCGUCUCUAUAGGACAUUUGUCAUUCAAGUUUGCCACUAGUAGGCAACCACUAAUAUCCUAUGAACUUGUGAAGUAAUAGAGUUCAAGAUAUUUGUCAAUUGCCUACUAUUUUGCCAAGAACCAUAGUGACCUAAUUGAAGAGGCCCGAGAGAUAUUGACAAGAGCCGUUCAAAGGAUGAAGAAAAAUGAUGAUCAAUGCCAACAAAAAAUCAAAUAUGUAGUAAUAGAUUGA